AUGAAAAGACUAGAAGGGAAAAUAUUCAAACUAUCCCAGCAAAUUAUAUCAGUGACACAUGAAAGGGGAAAUCGUAACGAAAUAGAAUUAAGGAACCACAUAAUUUCCUCCGCUCCCAGCAAACAAAAACAAAUAGUAGAAAAGAACAAUGAGCAAAUUGAGGAACCAAAAUCCACACCAAUAAAAGAUGAGGUUUCUAAUGAGACUCUUGAGAAGUGGGAAACACUUGUUAAAUUAAUUGAUAAAGAUUCACCUUUUCGGAGAUCAAAAAAUCAAAUCCUCAAUGAACCAAACCCUCAUUUAUCGGAUUACAUCAGACCACCGUAUCAUUUAAAUAAGAAGAAGCCAAAAAUAAAAAUGGAGGUAGGGAAGUUUAAAAAGUUCAUGGAGAUGCUCACAGCUUUACAAGUCAAUAUUCCAUUUUGUGAUGCUUUGAAGAAAAUUCUGGUGUACGCAAAAUUCAUGAAAGAAAUUUUGAACGAUCCAGGUAGGUUCACGAUUCCUUGCUCUAUAGGUUCAUUAAAAAUUGGCCAGACACUCUGUGAUUUAGGUGAUAGCAUAAAUUUGAUGUCGUUGUCUAUGAUGAGAAAAUUAAAUUAUGGGGAGCCAAAACCUAAGAAAAUGACUUUGACCUUGGCUGAUCGAUUUGUCACUUAUCCUUAUGAAGUCCUGGAGGAUGUAUUGGUAAAGAUUGAUGAUUUACCGUUUCCUGCUGAUUUUGUCAUUUUGGAUAUGCUGGAAGAUACCGAAAUACCAUUAUUAUUGGGGAUACCUUUCCUUGCCACAUGCAGAGUUUUGACUGAUGUGGAAAUAAGAGAACUGGUCCUCUGGUUUAAUAAAGAGUAG